AGACUACAGAUUCUUCAGACCAGAGUCUUUUAGCCUCCGUCUCUUUUCCCUUUUAAGUGCCUCUUUGUUUGUUUACGCCACUUGCCAACAUUGCUCACAAGCCGCCCGUCUCUCUCUCUCUCUCUCUCUCUCUUACUGUCUAUCUACCCUCUCGUCCCCGUAACCUCACGUUUCCGCAGCUAGAGAGCUCCAAUGGCCACUGUGUCCGCUACUUCUGCUACCUUCGGAGUUUCCCUGAAGCCCUGCUUCAAGAAUAAUCAGGUUACUGGAGGGACUUCAACUCUGAAGAUGGUUACAGCAGGCUGGACAAAGAAUGUCUUCCCUUCUUUAAGGACAAAGCGCUUCACUGUUUGCUCUGCGGCCAAGCCCGAGACAGUGCAAAAGGUUUGUGAGAUAGUAAAGAAACAACUGGCAUUAUCUGAUGAGACCGAGCUCACCCCAGAGUCCAAGUUUGCUGCCCUCGGUGCGGAUUCUCUUGAUACGGUGGAAAUAGUAAUGGGUUUGGAGGAAGAAUUUGGGAUCAGUGUUGAGGAGGAAAGCUCUCAGAAUAUAACAACAGUCCAAGAAGCUGCUGAUUUGAUAGAGAAGCUUGUCCAGAAGAAAGCCUGAAGCUUAGAGAAAGAGCUGGUUGGUUGGGAUGUAACAGUUUUGUUACUAUUGAGGCAGUAUCAUGUUCAGGAAUUUGGUCUAUUUUGCUUUCUUUCCUCUGAAUGGUUUUGAUGUUUUGAUUUUAAUGGUUGUUUUCGAUCUU